GGCCAAUAGGGCGGAGGGGGUGGGGCGGCGCGCAGCUCGAGCGGCGCGGGCGGGCGGCUGUGGGGGUCCGCUGUGAGGUGCAGCAGACGGAUGGAGGCGCAGAACUGUGCCUUCGGAGGUCUGUCCGUCCGCCAGGGGAAGCUGCUGCUCCAGGGGUGGUGCCGCCCCAGUCCCUCUGACCUGGGCCUGAGGAGCUUCUCCAGAGCCACCUUCUACCCAUAGGCACGAGCAGACGACGCUGUGCAGGCAGCUCUCACGGGGAGGCCCUGACCUUUGCCCUUCCAGGAAAGUGCCGAAGUUUCACGGUGAAAAGUCCAACGUUAACAUCUUUCCUAAGCAAUACUUAGGGUUAGCUAACCCCGUGCAGUGUUUUAAGGCUUCCAUUGUGAGGAAAACAAGGGUUUGCAUGUGGCAGUCUUAACACGAAUCUGAGUUUAGUGCUAGGGAAGCAGGGCUUCAUUACCAGCUGUAAUUGUAUCUGUAGCUGGUCAGAUGGGAGAUGGGGCUUGAUCUCUUUCUCUGGCCUAACUUAGGCUGAAAUAUUGGUUAUUAGGAAAAACUUCUCCCAAAGAGCAGUGAGGCACUGGCACAGGUGCCCAGGAAGGGGGAGGAGUCCCUGUGCCUGGAGGUGUUCAAGACCCAUGGGGAUGUGGCACUGAGGGACAUGGGCAGUGGGCACGGUGGGGGUGGGCUGGGUUGGACUUGGGGAUCUGUGAGGUCUUUUCCAACCACAGUGAUUCUAUGAAAUGGUAGUUAAGGUAGCAUUAUAUUAAUAAGCGUUUGUUAAGAGAUUUAUCAAAAUAUGUUAGUAUAUCCGCAUCUAGUAGUUCUUGCAUAUGUCUUCUAGUUGUUAUUUGUAUUUCAAAGCACUCUUUUCUCUGUUUGCACAGCACCUACCUUGAAAAGUUUUGGUGUGUGCUUUGGGCUCUUAAGUUAUGCAAAAGAUCUGCUGUCCCCAAGGCUGUUCAGAUUUGUGAUUGCCAAAACACGUGGGUGGCAAAUGGCCAUCAACAGAUUGCAGAAUUUAGUCUACUCUCCCCUCCUCAAAAAGAUUAUUUUUUCUUGUGAGUGCUUUCAUUUGUUCAGUUAAUGAAAUAAUCUCGGAGCUUUUCUGUGUUGUAAGACUGCCUGCCUGCAAGGGAUUGGAUGCUCUACAGAGCUCAUUUCUGGCUGUAUUUGUCGGUGUUUCUGCGGUUUUGUCAUGGAGAAUCUCUAAGAUAUCUCCAAACUCUUUUCUCCAAGAUCCUAAUGCAUUUUCUGGCAAGUAAUAGUACAAGAAAUCCUGAACGUUCCAUGCUCAUCCAAAGGUUUACACAACGGGAUUUUGCCAUGCGCCCUUGGUGCUAGCUGGUGCUGAGCUAAAGGCUUCAGAUGUAGGAGUCAGGAAGGUGCUGCUAUGCCAGCUCACAUACAUGUGUCUACUUGAGUCAGUCUAUCUCUGCUGUAUGUCAAAGGCAAAAGGACAGCUUGUCUCUUUAGACUGAAUUCUGAAGGCUUUUGUAGUCGCUGAGUGCUGCAGCCAGUUCUUGCUACCAUCAGGCCACAGGCAGGGUACAGGCUUGCGAAUGCUCAUAGCUUUCUUCUACUCCUGACAGAAAUGGCUCAGGAAGAGAUGGAAGUUGAUCUCCAACCAGUGGUGAGCUACUCCCUAGAGAACCAGGGGACGCUUCCCGCAGAGCCCGCUGCUCACACGGCGCUGUCCUCCCAGGCUCCAGUGCUCGGAGGUGGAGGAGGCACCACUAUCGUUCUUUCUGACGAUGAAGUUGAAGUUGUUACCGUAUCGGCUGCUGAUGCCACGAGGGAACCGGCUGCUGACUCUGGCCAGCAGGUGAAUCCGUCCUCAGCUCUCAUCGGACUGCUGAGGCUGCAGGGGGCAUCUGAUCAGCACCAGCUGCUGCCUGGGCCGCAGGUCACGCAGCGUCCACGAGUACGAAGAGCUCGCAGGCAGCCGAGAGUCGGUGGUUCCCAGAGGACAGUCAGUGCCAGGGCAGCGCUGGACAGUUACUUUCAAAUCAGCAGGACCCAAGAGCCUGCUACAGUACCAGGUUCACACCUGGAGCCCUCGCAUAUCGUGAGGAACAGCCAGGAACACAGAUCACAGAUCACGGAAUUGCAAUCGAGCGACUCCGACAGCAGCACUUCUGAGGAGGAGGAAGAGGUGGAGACUCCAGCAACGCUGUCUCCAACAGCCCAGCAGAUGCCUGCAGCAGCUAGCUCAGUUUCCAGUCAGGAUCAAGCAGAGCUGCCUCAAACUCUGCCUCAAGCUUCUGCAGAACAUGGAAAUCAUCAAGAUGAAGAAUUUGAAGCCCAGCAAAAGCAGAGAACUCCACUGAAGAAGGAGGAACCACCAAUUCCCGCUGCACCCCUGGAGGAGGAGGAGGGGGACACCUGUGCCAUCUGUUUUGAGCAGUGGACCAAUGCUGGGGACCACCGUCUGUCAGCCCUGCGGUGUGGGCACCUCUUUGGUUACACUUGCAUUGACAGGUGGCUCAAGGGACAGGCAGGAAAGUGCCCUCAGUGCAAUAAGAAAGCAAAGCGUUCUGACAUCGUGGUCCUGUAUGCUCGGACUUUGAAAGCGCUGGAUACCAGUGAACAGGAGCGCAUGAAGAGCUCUUUAGAAAAGGAGCAGAAGUUGCGGAGGCAGGCGGAGCUGGAAUCUGCGCAGAGCCGGCUCCAGCUGCAGGUUUUGACGGACGAAUGCAGCAAACUCCGUAAGCAAGUUCAGGAGCUGAAGGCUCUGGUGGCUCAGCACAAUGUGAGUGCUUCCAAACAACCUGGCAGCUCCCGCACCUGCUUCCCAGGCGGCCUCCCCUCCAGCCAGAGCCAGCGCAAGUACCACUUGGAGAAGGUUUUUGUGGUGUCUCAGGCUGGGAACUGCAGAGUGAUGGCAUACUGUGACUCGCUGAGCUGUCUUGUGGUAUCACAGCCUUCUCCACAGUCUACUUUUAUUCCUGGCUGUGGUGUGAAGAUGAUGAGCGUGGCCAACCUGAAGAGCAGUCAGUACAUCCCCAUCCACAGCAAACAGAUCCGGGGGCUGGCUUUUGGCAGUCGUGCAGAUGGCUUGCUGCUGUCUGCUGCUCUGGACAACACUCUCAAACUCACCAGCUUGGCAACAAAUACUGUGGUACAGACAUACAAUACUGGCCGCCCUGUCUGGAGCUGCUGCUGGUGUCUGGAUGAUACAAACUACAUCUAUGCUGGGUUGGUCAACGGCUCCAUCAUGAUAUAUGAUCUGAGAGACACCAACUCCCAUGUGCAGGAACUAGUCCCUCAGAAGUCCAGGUGUCCCAUGGUAUCUCUGUCUUAUUUGCCUCGAAUGGCCUCCGCCUCAUUGCCAUAUGGUGGAAUCCUGGCUGGGACCUUGGAAGGAGCCUGUUUCUGGGAACAGAAGGCUGGGAACUCCUACCGGCCUCAUCACCUGCUGCUGGAACCAGGGGGAUGCAUCGAUAUUCAGACAGAGGCCAGCACGCGGCACUGCCUCGCAACAUACAGGCCCAGUAAAAAUAACCCGUGCGUGCGUUGUGUGCUGAUGGAACUGACCUGCAGCCCGCUGACAGAAUCCUCUGAAGAUGUGGUGUGCUCUUCUAACCCCGUUCAGACUUUCAGUGCUGGACCCACCUGCAAGCUGCUGACCAAGAAUGCCAUUUUUCAGAGCCCAGAGGAGGAUGGCAGCAUCUUUGUGUGUGCUGGCGAUGAGGCAUCUAAUUCGGCCAUGCUCUGGGAUGCUGGCAGCGGCUGCUUGCUGCAGAAAUUGCAGGCUGACCUGCCCGUGCUGGACAUCUGCCCCGUGGAGGUGAACCAGGCCCACCUGCUGGCCACCCUGACGGAGAAGGCGGUGAAGCUCUACAAGUGGCAGUGAGUGUGUCCCCGCGGUGCCCACCACGGGCACUUCCCAGGUGUGCUGCUGAUGGACCCUACGGCAACAGCGCAGUCCCACGCUCGGCUGUCCUGCACGUGCUGCUUGCAGCAGACAGGAGCUGCGGCAGCACCUUUCUGGCAGUAGUCAGGAACUGGGACACAGAGGUGCCUGGGGUGCUUCCUGUCAUCCUCCAUCCUCCUUUUUAGGUCUGUCAUUAUUUCUUCAUUGGUCAAUUUUCUACAGUCGAGCUCAGCAAGCUGCCUCGGCACAGCAAUAAUUCUUGGCCCAUCUCCAGCGUGUGUUGCUGCACUUUUUCCAGCGUGAAUAUAUUAGAGGCAUUUGCAAAUCUCUUCUACGAAUCAACAAAAUAAAAGGAACUUGAAGACCUGCGACACCCACUGUACUCUCACAUGGAGUCCUGCUGUGAUUACUGGGUGAUGAAAAGAUGGCAGUGCUGGCACCUCACCAGCGUUGCUGAUACUUGGUGUAAAAGCAGGUUCACUACUUCAGAGAACAGAUCCCCAUGUUCUUUUUUUUUUUUUUUUUGAAGGCAUAGGGCAAAGGCAGUUAGCAGUUCCUGAGGAGGAGAGACCCUGCGUUGUGGCCAUGAAGAGAGCAGGCUUGAAAAAUCUGCAGAGAGACAGUAUUUUGUCUUCUCUCCCUGUGAGCAUAUAUUUUUUUGCGCUGUAGUUCCCUAACUCUUUGUCCCCAUCUCCCUCUCUCUUCCUCCUUUACCUGCCACCAGCAUCCAAGCAAACUUGGGUGGUGUGGUUGUGGAAUAUAUUUCUAUAAUACUAAUAUAUUUCUAUAUUACUCAUGUAAUAUAGAAGUAAGGGUAAGAGGGAGGGGAUGCUUGCACUGCUGGCUGCUGCAGUCAGUGUGUCUGUCCUUGAUGCACUGCAACAGCCCGAACCGUGGAGGAGAGUGCUGACUCUUCCCCUGUAGUGCAUCAGUGGGACUGCCCCUGGGGAUCAGCCCUGGCUGGUGCAGUGGAUUCUUGGCAUCAAUACCAUAAAUAUGCUGCAGAGUGUGAGAAUGCCCAUUUCCAAGUCAGGUCAUGAAACAGGACUUUGGUUUCCUUUUGUUUUUCGAAAGCAAAGCUGUGAGGAUGCUUGAGAAGCCACAAGGCAAGUCCCUGUGCUGGCACCAUGUCCCUGGGCACAGCGCUGUGCUGCCAGCAUCUGCCCUGGGCACACGGAGCGUGCGGGCGCUCACACUGCCAGAACACUUUUAUUUUCUGGGAUGUGUGAGGUAGGGUCCUGUUUGAGUCUUACCUCUUAAAAAUGAGACUGGCGAGAUGUCUGCUUAACUUUGUGAUUUUCUGUAUAAUAUUUUAUUUUUAUACGCUGUAAGAAUAAAGUGUUUAUAGUUACCUCCACA